AUUGUGAUCAAGAACAAAGAAAAGCUUCCAUUUUGAACGUAUUCUCUACUCAUCGAAUGAAAGUGAAAGCCAGAGAGAGAAACAGAGAGCAGCAAACAAUCAAGAGAGACGUUACCACGGCACGUGCUGCUUCCUUUCCCAGUUCAAAAUCAAAAAUCAAAAAUCAAAUCUUCGUUCUUAACAGCAGGAGGCAGCAGCGACAACAAAGCUUAAAGUUCAAAACCCAGAACAAAGUUUACCCUUUUAGCAACAUGUUUUCCCCAUUUCCAGCCGUAGCCAAGUUUCAUUUCUAAAGGGGUCUCGGAAAAAUUGUGGCUUUUUUGUCGAGGGCAAAUCAAAAAGGUUGUUUGGAUUGGAGAAUUCGGUGAAGAAACGAUAUGGGUUUGAAUUCUGUAAUGGGACUGAGUCGGUGAGCGAGUUGAGUACUACUGAGUCGAGACAGAGCAGUUCUAGUGGGUCGAGUUCGGGGACUUUCACUGAGAAAGUGAAGACUAUGGGUUCCUCUUCGCCUCCUCUGUUGGGAUGGCCUAUUAGGAGAGCUACAGUGUCCAAAAGCUCGGUUCUUUCUGAUGGCAAUGGAGAGGAAGACAAGACCAAGUACAAGGAUUCCAAGUUUAAGAAAUUGGGUUCAAAGGUUUUAGAGAUUGAAAUGAUGAAGGAGAGGUUUGCAAAAUUGUUGCUUGGGGAAGACAUGUCAGGAUCUGGAAAAGGGGUUUGCAUAGCUUUGGCCAUUUCAAAUACCUGUCCUCGUCCAUGGUUCCGUUUAGGAUCCCUUGCAUGGCCGCUCCAAUUCCGGCACCCGCACCGGUGCCUGCUCCAACUCCGGCUCCCACCGUGGCACCUGCUCCUGUUCCCACCCCGGCACUUGCUCCAGCGCCGUUUCCCACCGUGGCACCCGCUCCAGCGCCGGUUCCCACCGUCGCACCUGCUCCAGUGCCAAUUCCCACCGUCGUACCGCGCUCCAACGCCGGUUCCCACCGUCGCACCUGCUCCCGUUCCCACCACGGUACCGGCUCCCACCCCGGCACCUGCUCCAAUGCUGGCUCCCACCGUGACACCUGCUUCUGUUCCCACUACAGACUGAGAAUCGUCUGUGCUUUGUGGUCCCUUUCGUAUGUUCUAUUCUAUUCCUUCAAUGGAGAUUCGGUUGGUGGGUGGAGUAAAGUUGUUUCCUUCUGUGGUCCUUUUCUGGGUUGUGGCAUUAACAGAGCUUUUCUUUGUUCUCAAUCACAAUGCUUGGAGUCGAACGGUUUUCUGGCAUUCAUCUGUCUUUUUUUCUUUUUUUUUUUAAACCUUUAGUUAGCGGUGGAGCCCACAAAUAAAAUUGGUAGCAGGUC